UUUAAAACUAUAUUAUCUACUUGGAAAAAUAAUUCACCUAUUUCAAAAAUAUAUAUAUAAAUAAUAGAAUAAUUAAAGAUUUAAAGUGAAAAAUAAAAAACACCUUAAAAUAGGCGAGCAAGGCACGACGGGGGUAGAGACCGGUGACAAUGACGACGAGUUAUUGGGAAAGGCAGGGCACGACGAAGGCACAACGAGGCAGCGACUGGGGAAGGCACGACAAGGCACGGCGAGUUAAAGGAGGUGAGGGACAACGACGCGAGGCACGGCGAGGCACAUCAAGCACGGUGACGGCGAGCUCAAACUACUGCUUCUCUUCCUCUGCUUUCGCUCACCCCAACCUUCGGAACCCUAAGCUUUCACUUUGCAUUAGAACUGCUGCCAAACCCUCUCCCAAAAACAUCACUGGCGCUCAGCGGGACAAAGCAGCUCAAGAUUCUUCUCCGAUUUUGGAUACCCGGAUCAGCGAACCCGACCCGCAUCCUCCGCCCGGGCCUCCUCUUUGGAACUCGAGCUCUCCCAUAAAGGGAUUUAAAGUUGAUGGACUGGUUUGGGAGAUUUUAUCUAUUGCGUUUCCUGCUGCAUUGGCUCUGGCUGCCGACCCCAUUGCUUCUCUAGUUGAUACCGCAUUCAUUGGCCAUUUAGGAUCGGUUGAAUUGGCAGCAGCGGGGGUUGCAGCAUCAUUGUUCAACUUUGUGUCAAAGUUGUUCAAUGUUUCUCUCCUCAAUGUUACAACGUCAUUUGUAGCUGAAGAGCAGGCACAACUCAGCAGUGAUUCUAAUGUGCAUGAUGGUGGGGCUGCUCAACACAGUAAGAUUAUUCUGCCAUCAGUAUCAACUUCAUUAGCACUUGCCACUGGCCUUGGUAUUGCAGAAGCGAUUGCAGUUUGUCUUGGCUCCAGUUUUCUGAUGGAUACAAUGGGUAUAAUUGCUGGGUCAAGAUGUGAGCACCCAUGAAAAAAACAGAGACUGUUUGCCUUAGACCCUCAAUGAUUGCUGCAUUUACUAUCAAACGCUUCAUACGAAGUAAGAAUCAAAGUAAACAUUGUAU